AUGAACAUCGUUUUUGUAGUGAUGUUUACGUUGCGAAUUCUGGUGUUGUUCCUGCAACUUCAUCUUGCCACAGCAGAAGAAAGCAUUUACGUCGAUUAUGAGAGUAACCCCGAUCACCCGUUUCCUGUGAUACGUUGGGGUAAGUCAGCUUUACAUCUCAACGUUUUGUUGCGAGUGGGGAACAAUCUUCAGGAUCACUUCAUCCCUGGAGAGUUUUCAAAACGAGUGAAAACGUUUGUAGGAUAGGUUCUAUAUCGUCAUGAUGUACUAGUAAUUGAAUGUAUUCAGUACAACAAUAUACAGUUUCAUAAGACUCAGUUUGGUAGGUUUACUUGUUGACUGUUUUAAAUGAUAGCCGUGCAUGUUGGUCAGUAUAGUAUAAUAUACCUUACAGUUCAUCUUAAAUUGAUGCAGUAUUAGAAUUCCCGUAAACCAUUGGUAUACAUGGGCGAAACUAAAACAGAUCGAAAUUUAAUCCAUCCAAAAACUUAUCUGUUGUAACAUGGGAGGUAAAUAACUCGCCUGUCAACUUUUUCAACUUUGACGCAAAAUUCUAUCACGAAUAUUCUAUAUUUUUUUAAUUCAGUGCUCUAAAACUGCUAUAGCAUAUCAUUAUCUUACUUUGCUUAUACGCGAGUAACAUUCAUGCAUAGUUUCAAAGGCAAAUUUCGACAAACUGCCUGCAGAACGUCUGACGUUGCAUGCCUAUAUAAUUACAAAUAAUUUAUAAAAUACCUAAUAUCCUAAUACAGUUGAUCAGCUUUUGUCCUAAUCUCAUCGAUGAUCAAGAUUCGCCCCUUACAUCUAUCUGAACAUUGAGGUUUUGGGAUUGGUUGAUUAUAAAAAUUAAUUAAGAAUAUCUUUUCUAAAGAAUGAGACACAAAACAUGCCAUUGAAGCCUGGUUUCGAUAUGCAUGGUCGUAAUGAUCGUAAAAAUAGAGUCACGAUAUUUUUUCUUAACGACCAAUUUAUAAUAGUUUAUAAGUAUUAUCGAGUUAUAAUCACUCCGGUUAUUUUCUAUUCUAAAAUGUUGUAUUUCGGCUGAUGAGAAAGAUGGUGACUCAAUCUUUACGACCGUUACGACCAUAAACCAUGGAAACCGCCUUGUAAGUCAUUAAGUUAGCGUCACCUGUGUUAUUUUUGUUUAACUAAUGAGUUCACAUGCAUUAUUUUACUGACAGUUAUAACAAAGUGCUGUAAUUAGCUUUUAACGUGAAUAGCAAUUGCUCAUACUAAACUAGGUCAAAAGAAAAAUAGCCUAUAUGAAAAACAGGAAAUGAAAUAACUAUUGAUUAAAACCAAAUAGAUAUUCUGUACAGGAUGCAUUAUGCUUUUAAUCAAUAAUAUAAUUCAAGAGAAGUCGUACUUUUUAUUAAAUAUAUUGAUCGUCUCAUUGCUAAGAAAAAAUAUCGCCAUCAUAAAAUUUUCUUCUAAUGUUACUAUUAUCACGACUUGAUUCAAAUUUGAAGUCUUACUGAAUACACCAAAAGAAUAAACUUGUGAGUUACCAGAUAGUGUCCGCUAUAUUGACAUUCACUGCGUAAAAUAUUAAUUAAGUAAUAAGAACAGCUUCCUGAGCGAAAUGGCAAUUCACCUGUUCAAGUGAUGAACCAAUUAAUCACCGGCUGAAAAAGAUCUUAAGAGCUGUUUACAUUGAAGCUGGACAGGAUCACGAGACUUGACCGCCCAUGCAUUAUGAAUUAAGAAAUCUUUGAAGAAUCAUUUAGAGAUAGUCUCGUUUUGCGGCUCUCGACUAGAUUUUUUACAAUCUUAAGUUGAAAAUUUAGCUUUUUCCUAUUUUUGGCAAAAUCACGAUUUUUGCACUAAGUGUUUUCAAGGAUUUAAUCAUAAAUAAACUUUCCAAAGAUAUAUCUGAGUAGAAAAAUGCGUUAAAAAUAAAUUUUCAACCCAAACCUGAGUUUAUUUUUUUAAUUUCAUCUGUCCAGGGAGUGAAAACAACUUGCAUCAUCGAAAAAGUUAAAUUUCGUCAAUAUUUCGUCGUAGAAAUAAAUAGUUUAUAAUUGUCCAAAUUCAGUUUAAAGUCUUUUAUCCAGGACAUUUUGCAACAGCCUUUAAAUAAGCGAAUUUAAAUUCUUGCACAUCCACAGUUUUCGUCCCAAACGAGAAGAACAAAAACUUGUUUUUGCUCAUUUUUAUAAUUUAAAACAAAAUUUUCGCUAGCGCCCGCAAUUUGCUGGCCAGCGACAGCAAAUUUCCCACCUGUUGUUGACAUACAGAACAGAGAGGACUUUCGUCAACGCUGCGUGAAAAUAGUGCGGGCUCGUGAGCUUUUUCCCGCAAAUUUUGCUUUUCGAUAUUUUGCUUACAAUUUCAAAGGAUGUUGAAGUUUACAGCAUUGUGAUUCAUUGGUUUUUGAAAGCAUCGGGUUUUUUUUUCGUUGGAACUUUCAUGCUAACUCUUCAACAACCUAAUGACUGGUUUUAAAGCAAAGAAAUUGAAAGGAAAACUUAUAUUUUCAUACGAAGAAGAUGAGUGGCGAUAUUCAUGUUCGACUGUUUUGAGCAGAUGCUUCGAAGAACAUGUAUAAUCGGACCUUGUAAUUUAAAAGUGUACUUGGAAAAGCCGAACAAAGUGGUAAAUUUUGUUACCUGGUGUGUUGGCCAUCAUAAUUUACAAGAAUAGUGCUCACCGGCGUUUAAACUGGCUACGAAAUAUCCUGAAUACUUCGUCGAGUUCUCUACCGCCAUGUGACCUGUAGUUUAAUGUGGCACGCGUCUUUGAAAGGGCGUUACUUGACUUUAAUCGACGUGUAAGGUAUAGCUUAAGUAAGCCAACAUUUCUUUGUAAUGCAAGCUACAUUUUCAUAUCUUUAAUGUGUGAAUAUUUUUAAUUUUGUAAAAAAUUAAGCCGAAUAUGUUGUUGGAAAAAGUAUCGAGUGCUUCAUAAUAACACUCAGAUCUUAUAUACAGAUAUUCGUAUUUUAUUCAAAAUCUACCCUUUAUCACCACUUUUUUAUUCUUUUAUGUUAAAGUAUACAUAAUCCUUGACUUGAUAACACGAUGAUCUACUCUAUGAAAAUUGGGCAAAGGGACGAUCUUUGCAGAGAAACUUGACCGUACGGUGAAAUCGGUAGUUUUGAGACCCUAUAUUAAUUGCAGUAUUUCGUGACAAUAUGUUAGCCGAUUUCUAAUUUACAUUGUAGAACGGCUUCCUAGUGAAUUAAAUUAUUUGUCUAUCUUCUAACGAGUAGUAAUAACCGCGCGCGAUUUCUUUUUGUUGAUGGAUAUCGAUGUUGAAAUCAUUUUAGACUUUUCUUCAUAUACAACAAGUACACUAACGAGCACUGAAUCACUGUUUGCAAAGAAACUAGCCUAUAUCACCUCCAUAAUUCUAGCUUGUUUUUAAAGUCAAAUAGUUUCUCCAUGGAUAAAAGUAGUUUUUAUGGAGUCAAAAAUAGGACAAGUACGAAUUUAUAGAAGGUCAAUUUGCACUUGUAUAUCUCACUUCGAAAAAGAUAUACAUAUAAAACUGGCAUAUUUGUACAGCGAAAUUAAACUGCUGCAACAAAGCUUUUAUUUCUAUUUUCACGUUGUUAUUCCAAAGCAAACACUCCUAAGUCGAAAAUGCCUAAAAUUGUGAGCAUAGAAACACCAAAAAAACAAGAAAACGACUUCAUAACACGAGUAGUUUUGGCAAAUUUGGUGUUUGUUUUUAGAAUUCAGUCACGCGAUCAACACGUGCUCACGUGCACUCCACGCUUAUGUUUCUCGCGCAUGCGUAGACGGAAAUCUCCUCUGUUGAUAUACAGUUAUAUCAACAUUCGUGGAAAUUGGGAAAACGAGAAAUUGCGUGGAAACACAACGCCCGAAGGGCGGAGUGUUUUCACACAAUUUCGAGUUUUCGCAACAUACAAUAUAUGCAAUAUAGCGUGAUACAUACAAUAUAGCAAGCAUAAUGCUUUCAGGUUUCUGUUGCCGUUUUCUGUUGUACAGAUGAAAAGACCUUCGAUUAUAUCUUUAUCAAAACAUGACGUUAUGAUGUUCUUUGAUUAUUUUUGUUUUCAACUUUUUUCACACUUGAUAAUACCAUAAAGCAAUAUAUUAUUAACAAAUAUCAGGUAACAGUGUCCAAAUAUCAGCUUUCUGGAGUAGAAAGAAGCUAAGGAGAGUUUAUUUAAAUCGCUAAAUAAGCUUACAAUGAGAAGAGGGAAGAGUACAGUAUGGUUAGUAAAAAUUGUCUGUAUUCGGAUACAAAAUAUAUUUGGCAUCCACACCUUAGGCUCUCAAAGUAAACCAAGUUGUGUCAAAUUUUGUACAGAAACAUAUGUAUUAUUUGGAUUCAAUCACGUGACAUUUUAGCAUAAUUUGACUCGAGUGGGGUUUAAUCAUUGAAAUGAGGUCAACAAAAAACUGCUAGAAAACAAAAUGCUGCCAACGCAUAUUGUGUAAACGAGUUCUACGACUAUUAUAAAGCAAAUAUACAACAAUAUAGACAACAUAAAAGCCAUUCUUUACCCUUGGCCCCCACGUGAUGUCAUAUGAAACUCGAGAAUAAAUACAUUAAUAUUUUUUAGAUGUGCCUAGUUUAAAAACAAACAUCAUCGCUCAAUCGAGAGAACUAACGUAUCAGUUUUGCGGCCUUGCAUGCGCAGAACAUCGUUUCUGUGUUGCAUUCAACUACCAGCAGCAAUCUGAGUGGAAUGAAUGGAACUGCCAAUUAACAAAUACGACUGAUCAUAAAUUUAACAAUAAUGCUAGCAAAAAAGAGCGAGUAUGGACAUUCAUCAAAGAUAACGCAGACCGACGUCAGGUCGUAAGUAAUUACAUAUACUGUUCAGAAAAUUUGGGAACUAAGGGUUUCCAUUAAUACCAGAAUCGCUCUGCAUUGUUCUAGAUAGGCGGCAGAACCGAGAGAGGGGGAGAGGAGCAAUUGUAAAAAAGAGGGCCACCCUUUUAGAACGUUAGAGAAACAGAAUAAGGAGAUGUUAAACGAGGUAUCAAAAUUAUCAAACAGGAACUAGAUUACGUCCUGGAAAAUUUUCCUCCUCCCCUCCCCCUUCUCGCCAAUAUUUGCGGCGAAAUAUAAUGAUAGAGCAGAACAUUCAUCGGUUGUAACAUUUCAUGAACGUCCAGAAAAUGUAUGGAAAUUGCCCCUCCCCCACCCCCCAAUAAAAACUGUUCCACGGCCACUGCUGUUUUAAAACAUUUUAAUUCCGGGAAUUUCUGAAACAUAUUGUAUAUGGGAAAACAUACCCCAAGAUAGGAAUUCAAGUAUCUGAAUUAUAUACAUCCAAUUACUUAACAAUUCGUUCUAAAUGAGAUAUUUUCGGAAAAACGUUUGGUAAAGCUUUGAUAACUCUUAUUUAGCACAUGAUUGUAGACCUUUUACUAAGUUGGGCAUGAGGAUACGUUGAACAUAAGGAUAUGUUCCACAUGUUUACAUAAAACUGUUGUGUUUGAUAUAUUUAAUCAUUGAAUUAUCUGUGGGUUGGUUGAUAAAACUGCAGUGCAGAGGAAUAACAAUUUGGCGUUUGAGAUGUAACCAAAAAAGAAUUAGUAAAUUCAAAUGUUGGUUUACAAAACAAUCCACUAUUGUAAACAAAACAGUGUCUUAUAAUGUGGCCACUGUGUGAAUCGAACCCGCGACCUUUGGGGUACUAAUCCAAAGCUAACUUUUCAGCUUGCCCGAUGUACGCUCAGACUAACAUCACAAACAUCAUAUUCAACUGAGUACAUAACACACACAAAAUAAAAACAGUGUCUGUUGUCUGAUAAUUAAAUCUGUCGGUCUGUAAAAUAGAUACCUGCGUGUUUAGAUGUUAUCUUGCAAUGAACUAUUUUGCAGGCAUCGUGCAGAGGAGAAGUGAAUGAAUGUCACAAUGGUGGAACAAUGAUCUGGGAUCCAGUUAAACCUUUCAACUGUCUGUGCGAGAAGGGAUACGAAGGAGAGAUCUGUGAAAAAGGUAACAAUAAUAAUAUUAAUAUGAAGGCAUAUAUAUGCGAUAUGAACGUAUACAUUUAUACUCCUACAUUACCUUAGAGUCCCUUUUGAUUCGUGACCAAAUCUACUUAUAGCCAAUCAAUAAUUUGUCCGGAUCUCCAAACGGCUGGUAAGAGUGUGGGCAUCGCACUUCGCUUGUCUGUUCUAAUAAUAGAAAUUUUGACCUUAAUUUAAUUUAAAUGAUAUAGAAAAAGAAACAUUCUGUUAUAUAUAAUAUAUAAUAUAUAUAACCACUCGGAAGUCCGAACAGCAAUUCAAUUAUCCUGGUAUACAUUGGUAUAUUUUUCCUGCCAUACUCUCUUCGAUCGGUUAGGAUAUAGAUAUGAUAUCGUCCGUUGAUUGUAGCUAGUUGUCGGAUCCUUCAUUUACGAAUCUCUCUUAGCUUGUUUGUCAACAUAACAUAUUUGUUCAUAUUUUUAAAUCUUACAAGAUAUUGAUGAAUGUUCCCAUGCUUUGGCUAACGAAUGUGAUAUUAACGCAAACUGCACCAACACUCCAGGUUCAUACAACUGUCAGUGCCACGUUGGUUGGACAGGAAAUGGUAAAGUUUGUUCAG